AUGGGUGUGGGAUGGGUACUGAUGGUGCUGUCUCCUCCGUGUACAGGGGAAAAUGCGACGACGGGUGGUCCAGGCGCCGCAGAGUUGGCGGAGGACCUGCUGCUGCGCGCUGAGCGCUCACCGCCGGGCGCUGGCAAAGCCAAGAAGAGGGCACGGACACCCUCACGGGGCACCCGCGGGCGCAACUGCCACAUCCGCAACCUGAUGGUGAAGGUGCGCGACCUGGGCCUGGGCUUCAACUCGGACGAGAUCGUGCUCUUCAAGUACUGCAGUGGGUCCUGCCACCGGGCACGCAGCAACUAUGACCUGACACUGGGCAGCCUGCUGCGGCAGCAGCUCAUCACCCCGGGGCCACAGGAGCGGAUCCUCAGCCACCCCUGCUGCCGACCCACCCGCUAUGAGGCUGUCUCCUUCAUGGAUGUGGAGAACACAUGGCAGACAGUGGAGAAGCUCUCAGCAGCCGAGUGCAGCUGUAUUGGCUGAGGAGGGGGCCACUGGCUUGGCCUCAGCUCGACACAUGCUGGCAGACUCCGGCUUGCCACAUGCAGUGGCACCGGUGCUCAGAGGAAGGGUCUGGCAGAGGCUGGUGCCUCCAUUUUUAUGUGGCUACAAAGAACCGAGGUGAGAUGGAGCCAUGACUGGGGUGUGGGCAGCCAAGCCCCCUCCUGUUCAGUGCCAAGCAGCUGGUGCCGACGGCUACAUGGGGUCCUGCCUGGAUGCACUGUGGCUCAGCCCU